AUGCGCAUCCGCGCAACAUUUCGAUUGGACGUCUACAUAGCCACAUUGGGCGAGGUGCAGGGAUACAUGUUUUCGUUACUAAGGUCCAAGAGCAGAGGUCGCAAGGACAAUGGAACCAGGGAAUACUCUCCCUUUGCUGGCUCCCCCGAGGCCUCGCGUAACAGGGUGGUUGGCAGAAAUGUCGCGGAUGAAGACUACGACGACGAGGACGAGGAUGAGGACGAAGAGGAUGCACGCCUACUGCCGAACCGGCGAAGCACGCAGCAGACCUCAUACUUCGACAGACCGCAACACGAUUACGAAGAGGAGGAAGAGCAGGAAGCAAUCGAGGACGAGGAUGACAUAGACACGCCACUGUUACCCAUAUUCUCAGCCGCGCACCUUGACAGGCUACCGUUGUACAACAUCACGCACGCCAUCCGGCUGUUGAUCGUGCAGAAGUGCGAGACCACGCUGUCGUGGGACCAGCUGCGCAGUCCGCAAGUCAGCCAGUUCCUCGUUAAGCCCCUCCAGAAUCAGAUACGGACCAACCACUUCAACCGCGCUACGUUAUGCGCGUUGAUCGCCAACUGUCUGCAGUUCCAGAAGGAAGCCCAGCUCCAGCCUGGCAAUGUCGGUGUGCUCAGGACCAGAGCGCUGAUGAGCGAACUGCUCGCGAUGAGGCUGGUCAAGGAGUUCAGCACACGCGAGCUUAUCGAUGCGCUAUCAUACGACUUCGAUCCUCUGCAAGGCAUGUCUCCCCCGCCAACCGCGGCUGGCAACCUCCGAGCGGCAGUUUGGCCUACUCAACAGGCUCCAGGUAACGUAUAUGGACAACGAUCUGGCGGCAAAGUUGCAAGAGUGAGCACCAUCGAGGUUGCCAUCAAGGCACAAGCGAAGCGAUUUCUAGCUCAUCAACUUGUCGUGCAGCAUCUGGAAGCCAUCUGGGCUGGUGCUGUCGUCUUCCACUCUGAGGCUGACAACUUACAUCGCAAACCCUCUGCUGGAGAAGAGCCAUCAGGUCGAGGCGGACGUUACGGCACGCUUAACGAGCACUCACCCAGCGCGCUGCCAGCUGACUCUGUGUUAUCCCGCAAGGCUCACGGAACUAGGGCCAACAAAAAGCCGGCAGAGCAGCCCUUCGCUCGCCGCUCGGUGGUCAUAUACAAUCCGAGAGAUGCUUCACUCUUCAAGCUAAGUCGGCUGCGUGUCCCUCGAUACAGACAGAUCUUCAGCACUGUGUCAUUCGCAACGAUGCUCGGUCUCUUUCUUGCUGUACUGGCUGAGCGGAGUCUCUACAUCACUCCUCUCGAAGUCGUCUUCUGGUUCUGGUCCGCUGGUUACAUGCUCGAUGAAAUUGUCGGCUUCACGGAACAAGGCUUUGGUUUGUAUAUCCUCAGCUUCUGGAACGCGUUCGACCUAGGCAUUCUGCUGCUCUUCAUCAUGUACUACUGCCUCCGACUGUACGGCAUCCUUGUUGCAGAACAAGGCAAACAUCAGAUUGCCAACGCAGCAUACGACGUCCUUGCUUCGACGGCCAUUUUGCUCUUCCCGCGCUUGUUCAGUGUUCUGGACCACUACCGCUACUUCUCGCAGUUGCUCAUCGCCUUUCGCAUGAUGGCGCAAGACCUGGCUGCUAUAUUAGUACUAAUCAUGAUCUCGUGCUCCGGGUUCUUCAUCGCCUUCACGCUCUCCUUCGCGGAUGAGAGAACCGACGGCAAUGCGGUCAUCUACCAGCUCUUCCAGAUCCUCAUGGGCUUUACACCAGCGGCUUGGGAGAAGUGGCAGACAUACAACAUACUCGGCCAGGCCAUCAUGACCAUCUUCCUGAUCCUUUGUCACUUUCUCAUUGUGACUAUCUUGAUUACAGUGCUCACCAACUCCUUCAUGGCCAUCGUCCAGAACGCCAACGAGGAGCAUCAGUUCCUGUUCGCUGUCAACACCAUAUCUUCGGUCAAGUCGGAUGCACUGUUCAGCUACAUCGCGCCUACCAACAUCUUUGGCUGGAUUUUGAGCCCUCUACGCUACCUGGUGCCAUUCCGGCAGUACGUCAAGAUCAAUCGGACAGUGAUCAAGGCUACGCACUUUCCGAUGCUGCUCGUCAUCUUCGGCUACGAACGUUUGAUACUCUCACAUGCGACUUACGGCCCGGAAGACCUUCUCGAGCAGACGUCCAGACAUCAGAGCAAGCCAUUGGCGUUCAGCAUCAACAAAGCACCGGACGUCUUCAGCCCAGGCAAUCGACUGCUUCGAGAGCCAUCUGUGGUUAGUUUCCACAAGGAUCAGGCUCUCGAUGAAGUGUUCAGAAGGCCUUUCAAGGGUAGUACUGUGCGGACCACAGCUCGGGACAUGGGAUCCAACCGACGUCAGUCUACUAAUGCUGUUGACAAGUGGAUGCAGGUGGCAGAGAACCAAGGCGGCGCUAGUCCACCAAUGGAGCAGCCAAUGAGCAUUGUUGAGCGGCUAGAGAACCAGCGGCCAUCUUUCAGGCGUGCGGCGACCGCUGAUCGACUGCGGAUGGUGCAGAGUCGGGACUUCUCGAAUACUAGGAGUAUAGCAAGCGAGACCGAUGUACGGCAGAGAUUACCGUCGAGGCGACCUUACAAGAUCAGCGAAGAGGGCGAAGACACGCUGCCUGCCGAUGAGAUAGUACCUCAAGAGACGGAUGCUGAUGGCGAUGACGAGAUGAUCAAUGCUGAGUCUAGCCUGGCGAGGCCAUUCCUGGGCGAGAGCGCAUUGUCGACCGUCGAAAAGUCUACACCAACUCCACACAGGGAGAGUGACGAGGACGACUUCUUCCACACCCCGACUACCACCCGCUCACCCAUGAUGCAGCUUUCCAAUGGCAAAGCAAUGCUCCGACAGUCGCCAGAAGCGUCUUUAGGCAUUCGCACGCCACUGCAGACUAAGACAGCUCAGAAGGCCAGAGCGCAUAACCGGAAAAUAUCUACUAACACUGCUCUGUUCGACCCAAAGUAUACUCAAGCUGACGACUCGUCCUCAACGAACGCUCCACGUCCGUUCAAACCUACUACCAACCGCAACGUCCAUACCGACGGCACAACGACCCCAAAUCCUGUCAACCUCCUUCCCGGUCAGCGCACACCGAAGAUCAAGCCACCGAAAGCUCGACCGGCCAUGCCUGCAAGGCAAAAGACCGCUCCUACCGGCAUAGGCGGAUUCGGCAUGUCCUUCCUCGACAUCCAGCCCCGAAAUAUCCGCAAGCCCUCCUUCAACGCCCGAGCCCUCGACCUCGCCUCCGAAAUCGGCGACAAUCGCGCCGGAGGCAUCGACGCGGGCGGUAUCUCAGGCUUCCCGGCCUCUUUCAGCGAACAGCUCUUCCGUGAACGCGAGCUCGAGCGCGAACGAGAAGAAGCGCGCCGCCGUAGCGCGGAAGAGGAGAAAGGCAUGGUCAACCGUAUCAUGCUGGCGCGAAUGCACACGCUUGAGGAGGGCUUCCGCGAGGUGUUGAAGGAGAUCAAGGAUAUGUCGCGGUCGAAUGCGAAUAGUUCGCGCAGGGACAGCGGCGAUGAAGCUGGCCCGAGUGCGCUCGCGCGUGGGGCGGUGACGCCGGGGGGAAGGUAUAGUGGGGAUGGCGGGAAGGUGAGGAAGAGUCCGAAGAAGCGGGAGCGGCAGCAAGCGAAGGUGAAGGCGGCACCGAAGUCUGUGGAGACUGUGAGGGAGAAUGAGCGGGAGGCGCCGAGUCCGGAGAGUGUUGGGUCGGUGGCGGAGAUUGCGAGACGGGAGGAGCAGGGUACGGAGGGUGGAGCGGAGAGGCCCGGUACUGCGAUCAGGUCGCCGCAGCCUGGGACGAGGAGUGCUUGA